CUCGACCGGUGUCGCUUGGCGUGCUAAAUGACGCGUCACAGAUUAAAAAUACAACAGUUUCCCGCGCUUAUCCAAUGACAUUUGCGUUCGGAAACCAUAUUAUUUAAUUUUUAAUUACUUAUUGUGAUAAAAUUAUUAGAUGAUUUAUUACUCCUAAAAGUAUUAGUAAUUUAAAAAUAAAUUUGUGAUAUUUAUGUAAGUUACUUACAGAUAUUUUUUUGUUAGUGUAAAGUGUUUUGUUUGAUAGUUAGUGACAGUGGUUUAAAUUCGUUUUUCAAGGAAAUUAAAAGCAAAGAUACCACAAUGUACGGGCUCCUACUCGAAAACAUGGCCGAGUACAUCCGACAGACCUACGGCGAAGAAAGAUGGGAGGACAUUAGAAGACAGGCGGGCGUCGAACAGCCAUCAUUCUCCGUACACCAAGUAUACCCUGAGAAUCUGAUCACAAGACUGGCGAAGAAGGCACAAGAGGUAUUAGGUAUAACAGAGAGGGAGUUUAUGGACCAAAUGGGCGUCUACUUCGUCGGUUUCGUCUCUCAAUACGGCUACGACAGAGUCUUAUCAGUUCUGGGCCGGCAUAUGAGAGAUUUUCUGAACGGAUUGGACAAUUUGCACGAGUAUCUAAAAUUCAGUUAUCCCAGAAUGAGAGCGCCGAGUUUCAUUUGUGAGAAUGAAACACGACAAGGGUUGACGCUGCAUUACAGAUCGAAGAGACGAGGAUUCGUAUACUACGCUAUGGGGCAAAUAAGAGAGGUAGCCCGCCAUUUUUACCACAAAGAGAUGCGAAUAGAGUUACUCCGAGAGGAACUUCUCUUUGACACGGUCCACGUGACGUUUCAGUUGACCUUCGACAAUCGAGCUUUCACACUAGCUUCCUUGGCGAUGACGAGGGAGGAAAAACAUCUACCUAUCAGCGCUUCCGUAUUGUUCGAGAUAUUCCCCUUUUGUAUUGUAUUCGGAUCGGACAUGGUCGUCCGUAGCAUCGGUAAUUCUUUGAUGGUGAUUCUGCCGGAUCUGGUUGGCAAGAAGAUUACGAACUGGUUCGAUCUGGUUCGACCGCUCAUUGCCUUCAAGUUCCAAACUAUCCUGAAUCGUACCAACAACAUAUUCGAGUUGGUGACAGUGGAAGCCGUGAUGCAUGAGAAAGCGCCGGAUAAACGCAACGAGCUGAUUCGACUGUCUGAUGAAUCUGACACCACUACAGAGAAGAAUUUGAGGCUGAAAGGUCAAAUGAUCUACAUGGACAACUGGCGCAUGAUGAUGUAUCUCGGGACCCCUGUGAUGCCGGACCUCGCUGCCCUGGUCUCCACUGGUCUUUAUAUCAAUGAUCUGUCCAUGCAUGAUUUUAGCAGAGAUCUCAUGUUAGCCGGUACACAACAAUCGGUGGAACUAAAACUAGCUUUGGACCAAGAGCAACAGAAGAGCAAAAAGCUAGAAGAAUCCAUGAGGAAGCUGGACGAGGAGAUGAAGAGAACAGAUGAACUGCUGUACCAGAUGAUACCCAAGCAAGUUGCAGACAGAUUACGAAAUGGAGAGAACCCAAUCGAUACAUGUGAGAUGUUCAACAGCGUCUCCAUUUUGUUUUCUGACGUGGUGACGUUCACGCAGAUCUGCUCGCGGAUCACGCCAAUGGAAGUGGUGUCCAUGCUUAAUGCCAUGUACUCCAUAUUCGACACCCUCACCGAAAAGAACCGUGUUUACAAGGUAGAAACAAUAGGUGACGCGUACAUGGUAGUAUCGGGUGCACCAGAGAAGGAAGACAAUCACGCGGAGAAGGUCUGUGACAUGGCAUUAGAUAUGGUUGACGCUAUCACCGAUCUCAAGGAUCCUAGCACUGGAUCUCAUCUAUCGAUCCGAGUAGGUGUCCAUUCAGGAGCGGUAGUGGCUGGUAUAGUAGGCCUUAAGAUGCCCCGAUACUGCCUGUUCGGAGACUCCGUCAACACAGCAUCCCGCAUGGAAUCUACCUCCGAAGCCAUGAGGAUACACAUCUCUCAGACCACACAGGAACUGCUCUCGCCUUGCUACAAAGUUACUGAACGGGGGGAAAUCCAGGUCAAAGGGAAAGGUAAUUCUCCUAAACGAAGAGGAGCUAUGAAGACCUACUGGCUGGAAGGUUGCGAAUCCCGGCCAGCUCUCACGAAGAUCAUAUCAACACAAAUCGAACCCAUCUCCCAACUUGAAUGGGAAAGAGCUGCAGACGUGAGAGACAGCAUCGCAGAACAUUCAGCACAACAGUUCAGCAAUAAAGAAGCCAACUCACUCCUGUUCAACAACGCAAUCAAUUCUGAACCUAACUCCCUAGUAAAUGGCGCUGGAAAUCCCAUGUUAUUCCAACCCUCUGCUCCGCCUGCGAAGCCAACUCCAACUGUGACGUCACCAGUGGAAGAAAGACGGAUGUAUUCUCCUGUCACGUUCCAAGAUGUUGCCAGACGAAGUAUCGCGAAUUCUCCCAACAGGACUGAUAAAGAUAAAGAUUUCCGACCUUUUCUAGAAUCAAGAUCAACAUCAACAAGUGUGGGGGGACCGUGGACUGACGCCGAGUCGUUGGAUCCACAAAGAACACUGGAUAGCUUGAACUCUUCAUUCUGUUACAGUUCCACGUCCCCUUGCAGAGGCGGAACUGCGCCGGUGACAAAGGAACGUGAUCGUGACCUUUUUACAGAAAAUAUCAGUGUAAAGCGCAUGUCACCAACACACUCUGCACCCGUGGGAGUGACAAAUGUACAGACAUCGUGUACAAUGGCUGUAGACGAACCGAGCACUGCUUCCCCGUCGCCUACACCUGUACCACUGCUACAUGGCGUUGAUGAUAUCGAAACCGAUACAGAAUACCAAGAUGCGCACGGAGACGUAAACCAUAUUUGCACUGCAUCCGAAAACAUCGUCGAGCAUCCCAAACAAAGUAAAGUUGGCAGAUUCCGAAAUCGAAUAACCCUUCAUCAUAAAGUUUAUAAUUCAAUACAUCCAAACAAAGAAUCUGUUAAAGAAAAACCACAAAUACAAUCAGCUAAUGUUCAACCACAUGGCCAUCAUCACACCAAAAAUGUGAACCAUCACCAAUGCUGUGGAGCGUUUGGUAAUCCCCAUGUACGGCAUAAAUCUAGUAAUUCCAGUUGUCAUUUAAUAUAAUUUUGUUAUCUGUAGUUAGUAAUUUAUCAAAAGCAUAGACAUGAAUUGGACUGCGAAUAUGGGUAGACACUUUCCCAUUUUCUUGCAUUUGUACCGAAUGACUUAAUUUACACACUUAUUCAAAGUCCAUAGAAAACCACUGAGCAAUAAAAAAUAUCGAGGCCCCUUUUUUUGGGGGCCUUAUUUAUCCAACAUAAAGCAUUAUUACAGAAUUGUCCGGAACCAUUAAAAUUAAAAAAAAAAACUUAAUCAUUUAAGCAAGCAAUAAGUAUAACAAGUAUAGAUGUAUAGUCCAAAAAGCAUCUAUUUGAAAAAUAUCAAAAACACAAAGUACGGAUUGUGUGUUGUAAUCGGCCUAAAAGGUAUUAUAUUAUUUUUUGGAAUUCGAUGUUGUAUUAAAAUUCAUUAAAAUAAUCAUAAGCAGGAUAUUUUUGUAAUGUACAAGCCUUUAUCUUGAUGUAUUAUGAUAAAAAAUUAUUUUCUCUCAAUGUUAGAUAGAAUUUAAUGUAUCGGUUUUUAGUAUAUUUAAUUGUCGUACUUAAGUAGUUCUACUUGCACAAUAUUAUGUAAUAAGUUUACAUAAGUAAAAUGAAUUAUUUUUUAAGUAAAAAGGACAUUAAUUUUAUUAAGUAUAGUUUUAUUAAAUUCAAAUGUGAUUUUUAUAAACAAAGCUAGUCUCCACAAAAAGAUAUUUUUGACUUCAGAAAAUUAAUCAAUAUAUUUUAUUUUGUUACAUUUAUAUUUUAUUUUCAUUGUUUUAUUUAAUAUAUUAAGAUAAUUUAUUUAGAAUAAGUCAAUAUUUUGUUUUACUAGAUUCCAAAGAGUUUUCCAAAGAAAUUGUACACGACAUUUUUAUCAUACAGUUUUUACAAUCCUUGUGAAACUUUUACACGUUUUAUACACAUUUUUAUUUUUAAUAGUAUUAUAUUUUACAUUUUUUAAUUAUAUUUUAGGAGUUUUACGAGAAAUGUGAGAAUAUCUCUUUAUAGACAAUAACGUAUUCACCAAGGAUUUACCAAAACUUUGUUUUACUAGAAACCUACUGUUUAAAAAUAUUUUGUGUAUAACUUUGUUCCCUGCUUUGAAUAAAUAUUGUUUUCAAAAUGAGCUUUACAUUUGACAAUAGUAAAUAAAUCUUCUUCAAGUCGUUAAGCUGUUAAACAGUGUUUUAUACCAUUUUAAAAAUAAGUCUCCAU